AUGUCAUUUUUUCUGCUAUUAUUUUUCGAUCAAGUUUUCUCAUUCAAUAUCGGCUUCUACAACUUACUCCCCUACUCUCACACUACAGAAGACUGUAUUGCUCUCGAUAUUUGACAAAAGAUUUCUACUCAGCUAGGCAUUUCAUACACUAUUAUUAACUUAGCAAACGAAACCCAAGGAAUUGAUUGUGUAAACUCAGGGUCUUGUGAUGCCUGCAUCACAGGAAUUGAUAGCCAACUUACUUUAAGCUACCCUUUAUUUUAUGUAAAAUCCAUCUAGGACCGCGGCUUAUUAGUAACAGUAGAUAAAAGACCAGGAUAUGUCAGUAAAUUUCUAGGGUGACCUGGAAAAAAAGUUCACGGGAGUUUUUUCCUGUAUGGUUUUGCACCAUUAAAAUGACGGUAAAAUUUCCUGGACUUUUUUUUCAUGGAAAAAAGUACAAUUGGAAGGCAAAAACCCAUAGGGUAAAAAAGUUAACGGUUUUUUUUCACCAUCAAACUAUAGGAAAAAGUACAUGGCUGAGACAAAUAUAUUAAUAGAAAUGAAUCCUAAUAAAUUGAGAAAGCAUUGAAUAAAUUAAGAUAAGAGUGCGCAUUGUUAUCAGCUUACUAUAUUAUAAUAAUUUAUAUAAAAGGAAUAAAAGAACUUCUUAGUGCAUUAUAUCCUAUGGUUUUUGUUAAUUUGAUUUUUGAAAUAGGGUGAAAAAAACUCCCAUUAAAAUUUUCUACAUAUUGUAUUAGAAUGGAUACAUUGCUCAGAAUUAUUAAUCAUAAAUAUUUAAUUAUUAAGCAAUAAAGGUCAUUCUAAUAACAAAGUUAAUGGCUCAAAGACAUUAAAGAAACACAGCAAAAUAGUGUUAUCAAAAAUAAUCUUAAAAACUGUAUAAAAAAAGUUCAUAGUAAAAAAGUGUAGGAAAAAAGUAAAUUGUACUUUUUUCCUCCAAAUUUUUGGUGAAAUAAAGUACAAGUAUAAAAAAUGCAUUUUCCUAGUUUUUUUUUAAAAUAACCUGGAAAAAUAGUAAAAAUUCAAAAAUAUACGAUAGUGCAUUGACAGAGGUUUACUGCAUAUAUAUUUUAAUAAUAAAUAUUAAAUCUAAAUGACUGACACUAUUACUACUAUUGCCCGAGCACAGGGAAUUCCAAUUAGAGCUUCUUCUGGUGAAAUUAUAACUGAUCAAUUAAUUGAAUUUGCAAUUCAUAAUGCAGUUAUUAUUGAAUCAAUAUGCUUAAGAUUUCGUUUGAGUUUAUUGCAAGUUUCAAUUUUAAUAUAUGAGUACAAAAAGCUUAAAGAAGAGCAAGCUAACCAAAUUUCACAGAGUGAGGAUCAUGCCUAUCAUGAAAAUGCUAUAAACGUGCAGGUAAACAAUGAUGCGGAAAUUUCUGAACUUUUAUAGCUUAUAGAUCCUUAUGGAUUCUUAGUGUAAAAUAAUAUCAUUUCUUGUUUAGAAUAAUUCUCUUAUUCUAUUUUAUCAAGGAGCAUGCUAUUAAAAAAUAUUUAAAGCUUACAAUGUUAAAUGAACACUCACUCUAUACCCGCGCUAAUUGAAAAAAGUUCAAACGACUCUGAAAGUUGUGAAGACAAUGCAAUGGGAGAUAUAAUAGAAGAGGUUAUUGAAAUAAAUAAAAAACUAGCAGAUAUAUCUAUUAAAAGUCCAACAAUGGAGCAAGAAAUGCCACAAAGAAUAAUUGCUGAAAAUCCAUUCGCUCCCAUUCGCAAAGGAAAUCAUAAAUGCUAAUAUAGUUAGCAAAUUUACAAAGGGUAAUAAAUAUCAAUUUGAAAGUGUAAAAGAGUUUCAAGCAUUUAUUAAACAAAAAACCUUAGAAUUUGAUAAAGCUAAAAUAAAUGUUUUUAGCUCUAAUUCUCAAAGACAGACUAUUGUUUUUUAUUUGUUAUUUUUCUAGUAGUCAUGCUAAUGCAUUGUUUCCAUCGAUUACCCCAUCAGAAAAUUGCAAAUUUAAAAUGAAAUGAAAAUAUGAUAGCAAUAAUGCAAAUUCUUAUAGCUUUGAAUGCAUAGAUAUUUAUGGAGAGCAUAACCAUAGAGCUAUACCUGAAACUGAAUCACAGAGUUUAAUAGAGUGUGAAAUAUUAUCAGAGGAGAUAAGAAAUGAAGCCAUAAAAUACUAUUAUGAAGGAUUCACAGUUAAACAAAUACAAUUGAUGGUAAAUACGAAUAAUAGAACUAAAAUAUCAAAGAGUAAAAUCGAAAAUUUAACAAGCUAUUAUGCUAAGAAAAAUUUUAAAGAAUUUACCUUUGAAUCUUUAGUAGAAAGCAAGCUUAGAAAUGAAAAUUCUAUCAUUAAUUAUGAUAGAUUAUCAGGAAGAUUUUUUAUUUUCAGAUACAAAGAGAAUCAAUAUGUGGAAUCAAUUAAAGGAUGUAAUCCUAGUAGACAGCACUUAUAAAGUCCAUAUUGAUUUUAAAUGUGCAGUGUUUAUAUUAACUGUUGACUCUAAUGGAUCUAAUUAUGUUUUAGCAAUGGCUUUAUGCCAAAAAGAGACUAAAUCUGAUUAUAUUUGGAUCUUUUCAAAUUUUAUAAUGCACUUUCAGCGCCCAAAAGUUGUUUUUGCAGAUAGAAACAAUGCUCAAUAUAAAGCUCUUUCAAAAUUAUUUACUACUUCAAAGGUGAUUUUUUGUUUAUGACAUUUACAAAGAAAUGUAAUUUGCUACUUAAACCAGUUUAAUAUCAAUUGGGAAGAGUUUAAGAAUAAUUGAUGAAAUUUAUAUUAUUCUAAAAAUGAUAAAGAUUUUAGUAAGAAAUGAAGGUCAUUGCUGCUUGAAUAUCCUCAAUUAAAAAAUUGUAAUGCAUUCUUAGAGCUGGAAAAAAUUAAAAUCAAAUUGGGUACGAUAUGAUUGUCUUAAAUUUCCAACUUUUGGCAUCAAGACGACUUCGAGAAUUGAAAGUUUCAAUUCGCUAAUUAAAAGAUCUAUUCGAGCUAUAAAAAGGAAUAAAGAUUCUAGGAUCCUAACUGUUUUUGAUAAUAUUUCAAAUGAAGAACAUGAAUCUUUUCAAAGGAAAAUAUAUGUGUUCAAAAAGGGGAAAUUGCUACGUUCUUACCAAGAAAACUUUUCUCGCAAGUGACAAAAUUGCUAUACUCGCUAUAGUAUAUUUUAUUUUUCAAAAAGAAGUAAAUAAAGUAGAUAGUUGUUCUGUUGGAGGUGUUGGCAAAUCUAAUAACAUCUACUCGGUAGUUGAUAACAGCACAUAUGAUAGAAUUAUGCAUAAAGUUAAUAGAAAGAAUAUGGAUUGCUCUUGCUGCAAAAUAACACGCUAUGGGAUUCCUUGCUGCCAUAUACUCUUUAUUUAUGAAUUUGUGGGAGAAGAUUUAUUAGAUCUUAUUAUUUCAACUACAUCAAAAAGGUGGCUACUUCCAGAAUAUGCUGAACUUUCUAAGGAAGAAAUUAAAAAAAUAUGGAUCUCUCCUGAUUUAAAGCGUAAUCAAAAUGAAGCUAAUGGAAGCAAUAUAAAGUUAAAAAAAUUUAAUAAUUAGCUAUAAUUAUUUGCUAGUAAAAUAUAAUAGACUAAGCCUUUGCCGUAUAUUUUUGAAUUUUUACUAUUUUUCCAGGUUAUUUUAAAAAAACCUAGGAAAAUGCAUUUUUUAUACUUGUACUUUAUUUCACCAAAAAUUUGGAGGAAAAAAGUACAAUUUACUUUUUUCCUACACUUUUUUACUAUGAACUUUUUUUUAUACAGUUUUUAAGAUUAUUUUUUUGAUAACACUAUUUUGCUGUGUUUCUUUAAUGUCUUUGAGCCAUUAACUUUGUUAUUAGAAUGACCUUUAUUGCUUAAUAAUUAAAUAUUUAUGAUUAAUAAUUCUGAGCAAUGUAUCCAUUCUAAUACAAUAUGUAGAAAAUUUUAAUGGGAGUUUUUUCACCCUAUUUCAAAAAUCAAAUUAACAAAAACCAUAGGAUAUAAUGCACUAAGAAGUUCUUUUAUUCCUUUUAUAUAAAUUAUUAUAAUAUAGUAAGCUGAUAACAAUGCGCACUCUUAUCUUAAUUUAUUCAAUGCUUUCUCAAUUUAUUAGGAUUCAUUUCUAUUAAUAUAUUUGUCUCAGCCAUGUACUUUUUUCCUAUAGUUUGAUGGUGAAAAAAAACCGUUAACUUUUUUACCCUAUGGGUUUUUGCCUUCCAAUUGUACUUUUUUCCAUGAAAAAAAAGUCCAGGAAAUUUUACCGUCAUUUUAAUGGUGCAAAACCAUACAGGAAAAAACUCCCGUGAACUUUUUUUCCAGGUCACCCAAAUUUCUAUGACAAUUUUUGAUUUUAAUUGUGUCGAUAUGGCUGCCUCUACUAAUUAUCGUCUCUCAUAUCAUUUAUUUUGUGGAAACCCGAAUUUUAUACCCAAAUAAUUACCCUUUAGCAAUUUUAAACGCAAUAUGACUAAUGGUCACUUUUUCAACUAUCAAAAAACCUUACGCAAAAAUAUGAGCCUUGAUCUCAGGAAUUUUUUUGCUUUUUGUAAUGAUGCUUAUUAUCGCUGACUUGUCGUCUUCAAUAGCAAAUGCAAAUCUCUACGGGUCAAUUUCAACGGAAAAUAUAAUGGACAUGGACCUAUGUGCACAAUAUUGAACAAAUUUUAAUACAGAUGCGAGCCAUGACACAUUAAAAAAUUGUUUAAACGACUUAAAGGAUGAGGAUUAUGAUGGGGUGUUAGCAGGAAGGCUUGAAUUGAGCUAUUUUGUAAAGCAGCAUGAUUCAUGAAAUGAUGACAGCAGCUUAAUUUUGCAUGACACUAUAAGUAAUGAAAUAUUUUUCCAUUUAGGAUUUUCUUCAAAAAAUACAGAGCUUUUGACAGAAAUAAAUAAAAUAUUGCAAGAUUUGUGGACGAAUAAAGUCAUUUUUCAGAUCACACAGAAAUAUUAUGAAAAUUUAAGCAUCAAUUAUAGAGAAAAAUAUACGGUAAUUUUUAGGAUUGCGCCGCUGGUGCUGGCAGGGUUGACGAUUAUUAUAGUGUUUAUUGGAGCAUUGCUGGUGAUUGGGCUUGUAAAAAUUAUAAAAAAUAAAAAAGAAGUAAAUCAAAAAGAGAUUGAGGAUGGAGCCAAUAGCUCAAGAGCUUUACUCUCAGCAAGAGAACAUGGAAAUACGCUUUCUCUUGAGCGAUCAAACCUAAGAGCCCAACAAGGAGCUGGAAGGCCUGAAGGGGAAUGAGUAAACAAAGCCGUUAACAUCGAAGACGAAAAUGCUCACAAAAUCAAAAAUAUCCAAGACUACGAAAACGAGCUCUCCGCUGUGCCCCCAGCCAGACCUUCCCUUGUUGCAAGUGACAGCUUAGCUUCUCUAUUCAAACCUGAGAAAUCUAAGACUAAUAAAGACUAA